UCACCUUCCCCACCGCGCCGAAGACGGAGGUCACCGCGAAGGGUGAGAUCAUCUACUCGGAGGUUGUGCACGAGAAUGUCCGCAAGCUCGAAGCAUAUGUCGAGGAGAUGGCGAGCACGGACAACGUCGUCACCGAUGCGGUGAACAUGGAGAAGAUCCAGGAGGACGUGCUCAAGCUGUGGAACGGGGUCAAGACACAGCCAGAGAUUUCCGAGGAGCAGAAGGGCAAGAUCAAGGACCUCUACGACAGUGUCGUCCGCUCGAUCAAGAACGAACCUGCCGAGACACACCCUCAUGCUAGCCAGCCUCGCACGCGCCACGUGUCUUCGCAGUUCCUGUGUCCGCAUGUUUCUAAUGUUGCCCCCGUCGCCGCCGACAAGGUCUCCCUCUUGCACCUCAAGCGCAAGGUUGGCACCAACUGGGAGUACUCUUCAAACCUCACGGGCAUCUACCUCGACAUCUUGCACGAGAUCGCGACUUUCGGCACGACAUUCAAGGACAAGAAUGCGCUUCUCACUGGUGUCGGCAAGGGCUCGAUCGGUGUGGAGAUUCUGAAGGGUCUGCUUUCGGGUGGCGCGCACGUCGUCAUCACCACUUCCCGCUAUAGCCGCGCAUCUGUCGAGUACUAUCAGGGCAUCUUCCAGCGCUUCGGCUCGCGCGGCUCCGCCCUCACUGUGGUACCGUUUAAUCAGGGCUCAAAGCAAGACGUCGAGGCUAUCGUCGACUACAUCUACGGCACUCUCGGUCUCGAUCUCGACUACAUUCCCCCCAUCGCUGCUGUACCUGAGAACGGCCGCGAGAUUGACGGUCUCAACGACAAGUCUGAGCUCGCGCACCGCAUCAUGUUGGUCAACCUACUUCGUCUCCUCGGGGCGGUUAAGAUUAAGAAGGUGUCUCGCAACUUCGUCACGCGCCCGACGCAGGUGACCCUCCCGCUUUCGCCCAACCACGGUCUCUUCGGUAACGACGGAUUGUACUCUGAGUCGAAGAUUUCGCUGGAGAGUUUGUUCAUCCGCUGGAACUCCGAGAAUUGA